CACACACACACACAUGUAUACGUAUAUAUAUAAACUUCAUCUUCUUCUCUUUGAAAGUCUCCCCGGCAUUUUCUGGAAAUGGUGAAGUUCUCGAAGGAGCUGGAGGCACAGUUGAUACCGGAGUGGAAAUACGCCUUCGUGAAUUACUCGCAACUGAAGAAACAGAUCAAGAAGAUCAAACUCUCCCGCUCUCCUCAACCUUCCUCCCGCUGUGCCCUCCUCGGCCAUGUCCGCAGACUCGGCCGAGGUUUCUCCGACGUGUUCUUCUCAACCAGAGAGAAGAACCCCGAUAUUAUUCAGGUGGAAAAAAAGAGUUCAGAAGAAGAUGGAGAUGGUGUUGACGAAAUCUACCAAACUGAACUAGUUCAGUUAUUUUCCGAAGAAGACGAGGUGAGAUUAUUUUUCGGGAGAUUAGACGAAGAAUUGAGUAAGGUAAACCAGUUUCACAAAUCGAAAGAAAUCGAUUUUUUGGAGAAAGGAGAAUCUUUGAAGGAGCAAUUGGAGAUUCUCACGGAAAUCAAACAGAUCACAAGUGAUCGGAGGAGGAGAAACGGGUCGGAAUCUUCUCCGCAUCGCUCAUUGUCUUCUUCGUCUUCUCCGAACUCUGAUUUUUCAGGAUCACCGGGAGAACUAAGCGAAGCGGAAAGUGAAAUAACAAGAAGAGAAGAAAUCGUGGAAGCAGUGGAGAGAAACGAAGCGAGUUUCGUAAAUUCGGAGACAAGGAGCAAGAUGAGGAAGAAGAAGUCGGGGAAGAUCAUUGCUGUCCGUUUAGCCGGAAAUGGCCCUCCUCGGAAUAUCUCUGCCGUGAAAUCUGUCCUAUGGGAAGAACUCGUCAACAAUCCCGGAGGAGGAGGAGGAGAUCAUGUCAGCCGGAAAAAGAUUGAAUGUGCCGAGAAGAUUGUAAGAAAAGCCUUUGUUGAGCUCUAUAGAGGCCUCACCUUGUUGAAGACUUACAGCUCGUUGAACAUGGUUGCAUUCACUAAGAUUCUAAAAAAAUUUGACAAGGUUAGCAAUCAAGAUGCGUCAUCAAGUUAUCUCAACGUCGUCAAGAGAUCGCAUUUUAUUUGUUCGGAUAAGGUGGUAAGAGUAAUGGACGAAGUGGAGUCCAUAUUCACAAAGCACUUCGCCAACAAUGACAGGAAAAAGGCCAUGAAGUUCUUACGACCACACCAUCACAAAGAUUCUCACUUCCUCACUUUCUUCCUUGGGUUGUUCACGGGCUGUUUCGUGUCAUUAUUUAGCGUAUAUGUAAUAUUGGCCCACAUUUCUGGGAUCUUCUCAUCCGGCACCCAAACUUCUUAUAUGGAAACCGUUUACCCCGUUUUCAGUGUAUUUGCGUUGCUGAGCCUUCACUUGUUCAUGUACGGAUGCAACCUGUUCAUGUGGAAGAACACGCGGAUAAACUACGUUUUCAUAUUCGAGUUCUCUCCGAAACCCGCCUUGAGAUCCCGAGACGCAUUUCUCGUGUGUACGGCAUUCAUGACGGCCGUUGUGGCGGCCAUGGUGGUUCACCUCAUCCUCCGAGCCUCCGGCUUCUCCCCCGCGCAAGUUGACACCAUCCCCGGCAUCUUCCUCCUGAUCUCCAUCUCCAUGUCGAUAUGCCCUUUUGACGUAUUUUAUCGGCCUACACGGUAUCGCUUCAUCGGGAUUAUGCGUAACAUUAUUUGCUCUCCCUUCUACAAGGUUUUGAUGGUAGAUUUUUUCAUGGCUGAUCAACUUACUAGUCAGAUUCCGCUGUUAAGACACUUGGGAUCGACCACGUGCUAUUUCAUGGCCAAAAGCUUUGGAACGCAUGAACACAGUACCUGCAGAAGCGGGAGAAUCUACAGAGAGUUUGCUUACGUCAUCUCCUUCUCACCCUACUUCUGGCGUGCGAUGCAAUGCAUAAGAAGAUGGUGGGACGAGUCGAACGUGGACCACAUGGUUAACAUGGGGAAGUACGUCUCGGCCAUGGUGGCCGCCGGGUUACGUAUAACCUACGCAAGGGAAAGCAGCCCCUUGCGGUUCGCCUCCGUGCUGGUUAGCUCGGCCGUGGCCACCGUUUACCAGGUGUACUGGGAUUUCGUCAAGGACUGGGGCCUUUUCCAGCCCGAAUCCAAGAACCCUUGGCUCAGAGACGAGCUCAUUCUCAAGAACAAGACCAUUUACUACGUCUCCAUCGCACUGAAUUUCUUGCUGAGACUCGCAUGGAUCGAGACCGUGAUCAGAUUCCGGGUCAGUCCAGUUCAGUCUCACAUGCUCGAUUUCUUCCUGGCAUCGCUCGAAGUCAUCAGACGCGGCCAUUGGAACUUUUACAGGCUAGAGAACGAGCAUUUGAACAACGUCGGGGAAUUCAGGGCGGUGAAGACAGUGCCUUUACCAUUUCGUGAGAUGGACUCCGACGGGUGAAGGCCAGGGAAAGGUAGCUAGUGAAGAAGACGGUUCAAUCUGUUGCGUUCAGACAGGGAAAUAUACUUACAGAAACAGCUCAAAGACAGUCCCUUGCGUCACAUGAUCUGUGAUUAUUAUACAUGAAAAGACAUUGAGAUUUUAGUAUAGAAUUUUAUGAUAA